AUGGUUCUCUACACGUCUCCUCGGGGUGUUGCUAUUCGACGUGCCCAGGCAGAAUCCAUUCGCGACAGGAUUGAGCGUCUUACGGCAGAUCUGAAGGAACUGAAGGCGUUUCUUCCCAUCGAAUUUUCACCAGGACGAAAACAGAGACUCCGAGAAUUCCUUACCUCAGAGCUCAAUUCUUUGCAUGACCUGCCGUUUGAGCUCUAUGAACAAGACGCAAAGGUUGACUAUCUGCUUGUCAAAAAUUACCUCGAAAGAGAACUUCGCGGAUUGGAGCUCGAAGCCCAGCAAGAUGAAAAGUCGACUCCGCUGUUACCAUUCGCUACGACAUUGGUGGAUCUUUGCGAGGCUCGCGCAUUGGUGAUACCGAUGCAUCCAAAGGAGACUGCACAGAAAUUAUUCGAGUCUCAAGCGGCAAUGGUUUCGGUGAUAGAGAAAGUGAAGGCAAAGUCCGACGAUGUCGCUGUCUCAAAAACCGCCGCCUUUCGAGCAGCAAACCAUAUAUCUUCCCUACGAGUCCACUUGAAGGAGUGGUUCAGAUUCUACACUGGCUAUGAUCCAACAUUCGACUGGUGGGUGGCGCAUCCGUAUGGAGUGAUUGACCAGAGCCUGCAAGACCUCGCGGCUAUAAUCAAAGAAAUUCUGGUCGAAAUAAAACCGGGGAAUGACGAUGCCAUAGUUGGGCAGCCCAUAGGACGCCAAGGCCUGCUCUUGGAACUGAGAGCCGAGAUGAUCCCAUACACGCCAGAGGAGAUUAUUUCUAUUGGUGAAAGACAGUUUGUCUGGUGCAUUAAUGAGAUGAAAAAGGCUUCGCGGAGCAUGGGAUACAAGGACGACUGGAAGAAGGCCUUGGAAGAAGUCAAGAAUGAUUUUGUUGAGCCUGGCCAACAAACGCGACUUGUUCGGGAUCUCGUAUAUGAAGCCGUGUCAUUUGUUGAAGAUCACGACCUCGUCACGGUCCCUGAUAUUGCCAAGGACAGUUGGCAAAUGUUCAUGAUGUCCCCCGAGAGACAAAAAGUAAACCCAUUCUUCCUGGGCGGCGACUGCAUCAUUGUAUCCUACCCCACUGAUGCGAUGGACCACGAGGCCAAGAUGAUGAGCCUGCGUGGGAACAAUAUUCAUUUCUCGCGAGCGACGGUCUUCCACGAAAUGAUUCCUGGUCAUCACCUACAAAUGUAUAUGAACGCAAGGCACAAGCCAUACCGUCGCGUUUUCGACACGCCAUUCUGGAUUGAAGGGUGGUCCCUAUACUGGGAAUUCCUUCUCUGGAAUGACGAGCGAUGGAUCAAGACGCCUCAGAACCGCAUCGGAAUGCUGUGGUGGCGUCUGCAUCGAUGCGCCCGGAUAAUUUUCUCUGUCAAUUUUCAUCUCGGUCGAAUGUCGCCCAAAGAGUGUAUCGAUCUUCUGGUGGAAGAUGUUGGACACGAACGUGCCACCGCCGAAGGCGAGGUAAGGCGGUCAUUGAACGGGGAUUAUUCGCCACUUUACCAGGCUGGCUACAUGUUGGGCGCAUUGCAGAUAUUUGCAUUGCGUGGGGAGAUGGUUGACGCGCAAGGUAUGCCAGAAAAAGAGUUCCAUGACCGAUUUCUGAAGGGGAACCGAAUGCCGAUCGAGAUGGUUCGGGCGCUCAUGCAAGACCAGCCCCUGUCUCCGAAAUUUGAGUCGUCCUGGAGAUUCUAUCCCCUUUGA